AUGUUCACCAUUCCAGCUGUUUCAAUACUUUGUAUUCUAGUACUCAUCGUAUAUUUUUACGUCAUGAUAUACCGUGAAGUUCGCAAACGCAAAUUCAAUAAAAUUAUUCCUCAGGUCAGCCAGUUAAUGACAAUGAAAAUCGACAACAGGGUUGCUAAGACUACUGCUUUGGUUACAGCGGCACUGAUUCUUUCCUUCGUUCCUGUUGUUUCUGUCGCUUUUCUGGCUGAGGUUUUUCCCAUUCUUCAUAAAAUGUCAUCAUGGCGAAUAGCGGAGGCACUGGUGCUUUCAAAUUCUGUGGUUAAUCCACUCAUUUACUGCUACAGGGACUGCCGUUUUAGGAACGCCGUGCUCGAGAUUCUGAAGAUUAAAAAACCUAAAGCAAAGAAUACAGGGUACGUAGUGCGAUUCACCAGACAAAAAGAGGUGCGUGGUACCAUGAAAGAUAAUGAACAGAUACAAAAAGUAGAGAACCUUGUUCGUCUGAAAAGAUCAGUAUCGUGUAAUUUUCCGAAAAUGUUAGAACUUACUCCUAUCGAUUCUAGUGAAACGACUUUAAAAAGAACCGUGUCAGCUCCGAUGAUUCUCCUACGUAACGGAGUUGACUAUUAA